GCAAAUGCUUAAUAUUGAUGUUAGAUUUUACCCUGAGCUAAUCAAAGAUCGUCGCUUAUUUCACUGUCGUUUUCGUGUGCGUUUACUUCCCUGGAGGCCUCAAGAAAAAAACGGCAGAGUGAGAGCUCUUACUUUGGCCUUGCAGUAGAGGAUCUAAGGAAAAAUGUCUCCGUUUUCAAAGUCGCUGAGGUUAUCGCAACGUGUAGCGGCAGCGUGUUUACGACAACACUCCUCCCUUACAAAUGACCUGAUUAAUAACAUGGACAAGAAAGCAACAUGGGACCGCUUCUACACGGAGAACAGCAGCAAGACUACCGCCUUCAAAAACUUUGAGUGGUUCUUCGGGUUCGACGCGGUCCGUGACUUCAUUUUGCCCCUCUUGCAGACCAAGUCCAACCCUCAUGCCCUUCUCCAAAUCCUGGAUAUGGGCUGUGGCACCUCAGCUCUCGGGCCCUGUAUUUACAAACACUCUCCUGCACCAGUCCGGGUCACUUGCGCUGACAUUUCCCUGAUAGCUGUGAGACUAAUGCAGGAGCACGUCCGAUCUAAAGCCAUUGAACCUCACAGUCUCUCCUCUCAGCUUGAGUUUAUAGAGCUGGACUGCACACAGCUUCACAAACACUUUGGUCCCAGCAGUGUGGAUCUUAUCGUCGACAAGGGCACCACGGAUGCCUUGUUGAGGUCUAAGGAAGGGAAGGGGAAGGCAGGACUGGUGCUGAAGGAGUGUUUGGAGGUGUUGCGGAGCUCAGGAUCUCUGCUCCAGUUCUCGGACGAGGACCCUGAUGCCCGGCUGCCGUGGCUGGAGACUGAAGCGCUGCAGGAGCACGGUGUGAAGGCAGCAGACGUUGGGGUGCAGGAGGUUGGAGAGCUUAGGGGAGUGGUUUACUACUGCUACCAAGUGACUCCUCGGCCUGUUGUAAAGCAGUAACUUUCUGCUUCCCUCAUAGUUUAAAUUGAAUAAAUUAUUCAACACAACUGCA